CCUCCUGCCCCCUGCCCGCCUCCUCGUCAAUCGCUCCUGCCCCGCUCCCCCCCUGCUUUCCCGCCGCCCCUUCCCUCUCGUCUGCAUCAGAGCGUUCCAGUUCCCGGCACCCCCGAUCUCGACGUAGCCAUGUCCCUCAACAUGAGCGCCGACACCCCCCAGGAGGGCCAGCAGAUUCAGGCCCGGUUCGUGGCCGCCACCACGUCGGCCAUGGCUGCCGCGGUCCCGCUGCCCACCAUCGCCAUUCCCGCGUCCCUGCGCCGCUACGGCCUGUCGGAGAUUCUCAACCAUCUUCUGGCCAACGCCACCCCGCGCCCUUAUGACUUCAUCAUCAACGGCCACUUCCUGCGCACCAGCAUUGCCGAGUGGAUCAAGGCCAACGACGAGUCGUCCGAAAAUGUCAUCACCAUCGAAUAUGUGGAGUCCCUCACCCCGCCGAAGACCAUCGAGCAGCCCGAUGACAACAUCCAUGAUGACUGGGUCAGCUCGAUCGUCGCGACUCCCUCCCUGACCCACGCGGUCUCCGGGUCCUAUGACAGCCAGCUCCGUCUGUGGAAUGCUCAGGGCCAGGUCGCUGGCCGUAGCUCCACCACCUCCGAGCACCUGCCCAAGCGCUCGAUCAAGGCCAUCACUGCCUUCCAGCUCGACGGCCUGGACUAUGUUGCCUCCGCCUCCAAGGACCAGAAUGCCCAUGUCUGGAGCCUGCCCUCGCUGACGGCCACCUCUAAGGAUGUUUCUCUCUCCCCCUGCGUGACCCUGGUGGGCGACGGCCACUCGGUGGAGGCCAUCACUGCCAGCCCCUGUGGCCAGCGCAUCGCCACCGGCUAUUGGAACGGCGCCAUUCGCAUUUGGGACAUGCUGGCCGCCAACGACCUGGCCCAGGUGGCCCCGUCGUCGAAGAAGCGCAAGACCCCGGCCACCCCGGCCGACCGCCCGCAUGUUGAUCUGCCCCACCUGAUCGAGCUCUCUGGUGGCCACUCCGCCGGGCCCAUCACCGCCCUCCACUGGACCACCGGCUCCACUGGCGUCGAGGAUGAUGAGCAGUAUGUUGCCAUGGACAUGGCCUCGGGGUCCCUGUACUCCGGCUCUUGGGAUGAGUCUCUGCUUGAGUGGAAUGUCGCCAUGAACGCCGUCACCCAUCGCAUGCAUAGUCCGUACCCGAUCUCCACCCUUUCACACUCGCCCUUCCACAACCUGGUGGCCACCGGCCAUGCGGACAUUCGGAGCAUCCAGCUGUGGGAUCCCCGCAUCAAGGACACCAACGUGUGCCAGCGCUCGCUCACCGGCCACACUGGCACCGUGACCAGUGUGUCGUGGUCGCCGGAGCUGGCCGCCCUGGGUCCGGCCCCCCUGCUGGCCAGUGCCUCGCGUGACGGCACCAUCCGCAUUUGGGACAUGCGCGCGACCAUUCCCCUUUUCACGCUCCAGGCGCACAAGGGUGCCGUCGGCCUGGCGGUCAACUGGCUCAAGGACACCGUUGUCAGUGGUGGCUCUGACGGCCGUGUCAAGUUCCACACCCUUUCUCCGGAUACCUCGGCUUGAGCAUCCUGAGCUCGGCUCCGUGACUCCUGCCCGCGGUGCUUCCCCCUGUGGGGCAUUGUCCUGCGGUCGAUCUGCGUCCGCUGCCCGAUCCUUGGGGGUCUUUGCCCCGUCGGCACACGCAUGCAAGUCCCACACCUCCCCUCUCUCUCCCCCCUGGCUGAUGGGGUUUGUCUACGUCUCUCGAACGUGUGUCCCCUCUUCGCCCAUAUACGAACACCAAAAAAUAGACCCUCUCCUUCUGGA